AUGUUAUAUCGAGUACAACCAUUAUGUUCAUUAUUUCUUCGUCGAAUACCUAUAUAUCAAACUCGUAUAUAUGCUUCAUCAACUGCUACACGUUCCGAUGAUGAUUGGGAACAAGAUCAAACUAAAGAUAAAAAUGAAAAUGAAACACAUGAUGAUGAUGAUGAUGAAGCAAAUAUUGCUUCCAUGAUUGGACCAUAUAUAUCAUCAAAACAAAUAGCAUUUCAUACUGGACAAUUUGAUUCAGAACAAAUUAAGAAAAAAAAUAAACAAGCUUUUCUUGAUGUUAUUGAAGCAUAUAAAAUUCAAUUUCCAAAUCGUCGUGGUCAUGUUGAAUUUAUUCGAGCUGCUCUUAAACGUAUGAAAGAUUUUGAUGUUGAACGUGAUUCUGAAUCAUAUAAAAAACUUUUAUCUGUUUUUCCUGUUGGUCCUUAUCGUCAUCAAUCAAUGUUACAAGUAUCUGUUCGAUUUUGGCCAAAACAAAAUGAAACAGCUUCAGCUAUUAUAUCAGCUAUGGAAUCUCAAGGUAUUCCACCUGAUCUUGAAGUUGUACAUAUGUUAAGAGAAAUUUUUGGUCCAUGGGCACAUCCUGUUCGACGUUUUUCACGUUUUCUUUAUUGGGCACCUAAAUUUAUCAAUAAAAAUCCAUAUCCUAUUCCAUGGGAAUUACCUAAUGAUGAACGUAUAUUAGCAAAAUUAGCACUUCAACGUAUGACAUCAACUGUUGAUAUGGAAACAAAAUUAAUUGAUAUACAUUCAGCAACAGAUAAUCCAUCCGAUAUUGAACAUCCAGCUGAAGAACAUUCAUGGUUAAUUUAUACUUAUACACCUAAACAAAUUAAAUUAGCAUCUAAUUUAUCUAUUGAUAGACCAAUUUAUAUUGAAGGUCCAUAUGGAGUUUAUUUAAGAAAAAAACAAUUACAAUAUUUUGUUUUAAAAGCUGAUCCUUCAUUAGAAUAUUGGCAGAAAAAAAAAGAUUUAGAAAAAUUUAAUACAGAUGAUGGUAACAUUAAAAAAAUCAUAUUUGAUCAUUAUUUUCUUUUUGUUUUUUUUUUGAUAGUUUCUGAUCUACGAUCACCUUUUCAACCUGGUUCUAGUUUAUAUAUACCUCCAUCUGUACAUGAACUUGACGAUGGUAUUAUUUUAUCAUUAUGUAUUAUAGGAAAACCAUUUACAUCAUUAAUUAAUUGUUGGUUAUAUCAUUUAAGACGUCAUUAUAUGUCUAAUCUAAAUCGUAUAGCUGUUGUUGAUAAAACAAAAUUAACUCAAGAAAAACAAAUUGAUCGAUUUUAUACAUCACAUCAACUUGGUACACCAGAAUUUACAAUACCACAUGAUGCAAAAAGAUUAGCUGACGAACCAAGACCAUGGUGGUUUAGAGAUAAAAUUAAUGAUGAAGAUGAGUGA